CCCAAUGCGGCCCCCCUCACCGCCUCCAGUCAACCACUUGGCCUUUCUGGAUGAAAUAAGGACUAUUAAGGAGACUUUGAAGUCAUCGAGGCAGGAGUCUUCUGCCACAGUGAAAGUUGUGCUCCUUCCUGUGGCCCAGGAAAUUAUCAUGCCUUUUCGAGUUGAAGUCAUGUUUAAACACCUCAAGGAUUAUUUUUCACACUUGUUAGGUAUCCCGUCAGAUGUACUGCAAAUAACAUCUUCCGGAAUAAUUCUUAAAAACCACGAGAGCCUUCUCCAUCAUGGCAUUAGGCCCCGGGCGGUUGUACAAAUAGAAAUCACUUCUAAAAACCCAGAUCUAUAUCCCAUCAAACGAAUAGCUGCCCUGCGUGAAAGUUCUCAAAUCAUAGCUGUCAGAGUCGAAACUGCCGUUGAUCAGUACCAGGAGGUACCUGUGGAGAUUGUAAAAUCGGACUUUCACAAACCAUUUCUCGGUGGAUUCCGACAUAAGGUCACAGGAAUAGAAUAUCAUAAUGCUGGGACGCAGACUCUCCCUAAAAAGAUUCCUGCGAAAAACACCGUGUUUUGCAGGGAGACCCAGACCGUUCAGGAGAGAAAAAAGCUCCAACAAACGGUAAACACAACAUCGACACAGAUGACUAAAAUCGGUGUGUACGUGUCAAAUAUGACUGACAAGCUGGUCACCCCGGGAAAAUAUUUCACAGCAGCGGAAUACCACGCUGAAAGACUGCAGGCGGUCUUGGUGCUGCAGACUCACUACAGGCGGUGGCGUGCUAAAAUGGUUGUCGAGGAGUUACGAAGACAGAAGAAGUUGAGGAUGGAGUGGGAAUUGCAAGAAGAACUGAGGAAGAGGAGAGAAAAGGAAGAGUGGAUGAGAAUGGACUACUACCGGAGGCAUAACCCUAAAGUACGGGAAGAUUUUGAACUCCUUUAUAACGCGCUGGAACUUUGGCGUCAAGAAGAACUUGCACGCAUUGACCAGCUUUUCACGGGAGCCGAAAGGAAAGCGGCUCUCUGUGAACUGCUGGAGAAAGAGAGCCAGCUAAUUGCUUCCAUUGGGAAGCACAGAUUCAUCGCCGGCCAGGAGAACCAGGAAGCAGCCAUAAAAGCGUUUUUGGACAAGUGCUCAGCUCCAAAGAUAUGGAAAACAGGUUCGGGCAAAACAAUUGAGAUGGAUACGCAGUUCACCAUCAGAGCCAGAGAGCUGCAAAGCAUCUAUGAGUGCAUUUUGCUGAAAAAUAUCUCUCAAGAUGAGAGGCUGGAUAUACUCUUAACACUUAAGCACACUGUGAAGGAACAUGAAUGUAAACUGACACAGGAAAUUCUAGAACUGAUUGACAGAGAGGUCGACCUGAUGAUGAGAGGAGUCAAAUCUUACAAUCUUGAAGGGCUCAGGAAAAGAAUUACAACGCUCUUUCUUCAUUAUAUCAAAACACCUCUGUUUAAUCCUGAAGUUGCAAGACAUCUAAAGGUUCCUCAAGACCCUCUGAAGUUUUAUAAGAAGAUCUACUUCUGCCAGAGCUGCCAGCUCUAUCUGCCUUCCACGGAGUUUUCUAUAUCGUCCACCUCACAGCGCAUCUACCGCUGUCGUCAUUGCAAUAGCCUUGACAAUGAGACUUGGAAGCGAGAGUCCUUCUUGAAGUACAAGAGUCUCCUGCAACGGCUCUACUUUUCAGAAGCGGAUUAUGAGGAUGACUCUAAAAUUGCUUACCUGAUACAGCUGCAAGACAUUCAGUAUCUGGUUGAGAACAUCUGGGCAUCGCAGUCGGCACUGAGUGCCUGGGACGAUCUCAACGAUCUGGUUCUAGUCAGAUGGGAGAGGUCCACGCAGUGGUCCCCCUGGAACUGCAUUCUUCUCACCAAAGAUGAAGGAGUUGCGCAUCUCAAACUAUCAAAUAUUGAAGAGGGAUAUGAACCCGUGUUUAUUCACAAGAUCCGACACAAGCAUAUUCUGGCCAAGAACUAUUUUUCUCAGAUUCCACUGCUGGCUGCUUUCUUACAGGAGGAUGAGGAAAUGGAUGCGAUCAGGAACAAGCACCGGCCUGACACAUCGCCUAAGAUCAUAGAAUCCAAGAGAGCCUCGGUUUAGGAAGAGCAGCACUGUUCGUUUGCUGAUCAGUGUCUUUGUCUGCUGCUAAUAGAGGAAUACAGAGGCUACACAAUAUCACAACAGAACGUUUGUGAUAUUUUUGCCAGUAGUAAGA